AAGUUGUGCUUGACUUUUUCCACUAUAUAGAUGUGAAGUGAAUCAGAAGAAGUGGGAUUCAGUAAAAGUACUAUUUUUGCCAACUGGCUUUAAGUCCUCUUUUUCCAAGGAGGAAAAAUGUUUGGUAUUCAGCCUGAGUUUCCUUCUGCGUAGACUCACACAAGUCAGUGAGCAAAUGGAGAGGUGAGAAGGAUGCGGUGAUAUCUGUCUGCAAAAAUCAAGCUGGGAUUUAACAUGAAAUUACAUCUUAAAAUCUGCCUCCAGGUCAUGGUAUGGCUUUGCUUUGACCAAGUGCUGUAUGAUGUGGCUGCAGGCAGAAGUACAACUCCUCAAAAAGCGGGCUUAUCUCUUUCUCAUGCAAACCUGAUGUUUGAGUUCUUGCUUGGCGGGGUGGAAAUCGACCAAGAUAAUAACAUAAUCCUGCUUGAUGAGGAACUGGCAUCAAUGAGGGCAGGACGGUCUUUCCUGUCUCAGAUAAAUGAUGAUAUUCCCAGAAGUCGUAGCGCCAUGGCACAGAUGAUGACUGAACUCCAGAGUCAAAGGAGGAAAUCACUAACUCAGGCUGAGUUUGACAGUGUUCUUCUGAGUAUGGUGUACUCUGCUCACCAGGCCUGGCACCAAGAGGGAGAAGAGGAACGGCAGGCCUGGGGCGGACUGCUCCUCCAACUGGCAAAUGUCACACUCCAUGAACUACGUGGACAAUAUUUUAUCAGUUAUGCAUAAUCAGUCUACUGCCAGUGUGUACAAGAUAAACGUAUAAAUAAACAAUUUGGAGGUAAAAUAUCUGUGAAAUGUGUACUGCAUCUGUGAAAUAAAAAAGCAUCACAUCCU